UGCGCAAAUUUUUAAAGCGGAACAUCUGAAAACUGUCGUGUUUUCCAGACGGACACAUCACGGAGACGUACUGGUUUGUCGCGAACACCAACAACAGAAGUGUCUGCCCCACUGACAUCCAGCAUGAAUGUGAACCAGGGGACGGUGGGCAGCGACCCGGUCAUUCUGGCCACGGCUGGAUACGACCACACUGUCCGCUUCUGGCAGGCCCACAGCGGGAUCUGCACCAGGACCGUCCAGCACCAGGACUCUCAAGUGAAUUCACUUGAGGUCACACCUGACAGAAGUAUGAUCGCUGCUGCAGGUUAUCAGCACAUCCGCAUGUACGACCUGAAUUCUAACAAUCCAAACCCGGUCAUCAACUACGAUGGAGUCAGCAAGAACAUCACAUCUGUGGGCUUUCAUGAAGAUGGACGUUGGAUGUAUACGGGAGGAGAGGACUGCAUGGCUCGCAUAUGGGACCUGAGGUCAAGAAAUCUGCAGUGUCAGAGGAUCUUCCAAGUAAACGCUCCCAUCAACUGUGUGUGUCUGCAUCCCAAUCAGGCAGAGCUGAUUGUUGGAGACCAGAGUGGAGUGAUUCAUAUCUGGGAUCUAAAGACAGACCACAACGAACAGCUGAUUCCUGAGCCAGAAGUUUCAAUCAACUCCGUUCACAUCGACCCGGAUGCCAGUUACAUGGCAGCAGUCAACAGCUCGGGGAACUGUUAUGUGUGGAACCUUGCUGGAGGCAUCGGCGAUGAAGUGACUCAGCUCAUUCCCAAGACUAAGAUCCCUGCACACAAACGCUACUCUCUUCGUUGCAAGUUCAGCCCCGAUUCUACACUACUGGCCACCUGUUCAGCAGACCAGACCUGUAAGAUCUGGAGAACGUCCAACUUCUCGCUGAUGACAGAGCUGAGCAUCAAGAGCAAUAAUCCUGGAGAGACGUCCAGAGGCUGGAUGUGGGACUGUGCUUUCUCCGGAGACUCUCAGUAUAUUGUUACCGCGUCCUCGGAUAACCUGGCUCGCCUGUGGUGCGUGGAGACCGGCGAGAUCAAGCGGGAAUACAGCGGCCACCAGAAGGCCGUGGUGUGUCUGGCCUUCAAUGACAGCGUGCUCGGCUGAAGAGGAGGACGUUGGACACUCGGUGCAGAUGUGAAACAGGACAGAAAAUGCUUGGUGGGACUAUAAAAUGCUUGGUGGGACUAUUCUCAAACGGUGCACAUACGUGUCGGAUCAGUAGGAGUGAUCGUCUCGGCAACCCAGAGACUUGUGUUUUAACGUUACAGUGACUCUCUGUGGCAGAUUCCUGUAAGUAUUCAGCAGAGCAACACAGCCAAAAUGUACAUUAUAAAACCUUAAAAGGCCAAGUGCCCUUUUUUUGCACAAAUUUUCAACAUGGAUACAAAAUCUUUCCUUAACAAGGCAAGGAAUUGAUGCAAGCCUCUGUUUUGUACAGAGCACCAUAUUUAUUAUGUCAAAAGGACCACAUUAUUCAUGUUAAUUUGUGCUCAGAUGUGCUGUAAAAUUGAUUAUUCUCUUUUGUGUGUUAUGUGUAAUUCAUUUCAUACUCUUUAUUCCAAGUUAAGUUGUAAGGUCUACUGUUCUGAAGGAUCACAUGAGGAGCAGGAAGUCUUGAGAAUAAAUCAUGUAUAGCAA